AUGUCGGACACGGGGAGCCUGUCCCACAGGUCCCCUGUGCUGGUCACAUUCUCCCCCGAGUGCUUCACGGAGCAGCAGCCCACGAGGGUGAUGAUGGCCCAACAGCCCUCCCCACGGAACACAGUCCUGAGAGUUAGUGGGUGCAGGGGGCCACGAGUGGCUCAAGGACGCUGUGUCUCUGCAGGCGAAGACUCCAUCAGCACCUUGGGUCUGAUCCUCGGUGUGGGGCUGUCACUGCUGCUCGUGUCCAUCCUUGGCUACAGCCUGGCCAAGUGGUACCAGCAAGGCUACUGCUGGGAGGGGCCGAAUUUUGUCUUCAACUUGUACCAAAUCCGGAACCUGAAGGAUCUGGAGGCGGGGCCACCGUUCACCAUCAGUGGCCACAUUGGCGGUCCAGACGGCGGCUACAUGAGGUUCUCCAACGGGCCAGUCUGAUGGGGGAAGCAUCUGGCUUCUGGAGCCCUGGGGAGGUGAAGAGGAAAACUGGAGAUCUCCUGCGUGAAGCUGACAUCCAAGAAAAGUCCUCCGAGGGUCCAGCACCAAGGAUAUUGACCCCCACCUCCCUUCUGGUGACAAUCCCAGGGACAAGUCCCAGGGACAAGGCCCGGGGUCACGUUGUCUGCAUCUGCUUCCAGCACUGGGGCUGCUGCAUUUCCAGCUGAUCCAUGCCCCGCCUCCCCUUCCUGGCAAGUUCUAGAAGUUUCCAGAGCAGAACUUUCUGUGCCGUUCCUUUGCUUGGAGGUGAAGCUUCCAGGUGGCCAGGCUCUCCAAGAAACCUCACUCUGGGGCUUCAGCUCCUGAACUUUUUUUUUUUUGACAGGCAGAGUGGACAGUGAGAGAGAGAGAGAGAGAAAGGUCUUCCUUGUCCGUUAUUUCACCCUCCAAUGGCCGCCACAGCCAGUGCACUACGGCCGGCGCACCGCGCUGAUCCAAAGCCAGGAGCCGGGUGCUUCUCCUGGUCUCCCAUGCGGGUGCAGGGCCCAAGCACUUGGGCCAUCCUCCACUGCACUCCCAGGUUACAGCAGAGAGCUGGCCUGGAAGAGGAGCAACCAGGACAGAAUCCGGCGCCCCGACCGGAACUAGAACCUGGUGUGCCAGCGCCGCAGGCGGAGGAUUAGCCUAGUGAGCUAUGGUGGCGCCUCAAGCUCCUGAACUUUCUAAGCCCGGGCUCCUCGCCUGCUUCCGGCCAGCCCUCUGCUCACACAUUUCUCUCCCUGGCCUUCAAGUUCUGCCUUUCCCCACAUCUCGGGUGCUUUCCCCACCCAAACACUGCCCCUCCCACAUGCCCCUGGGUUUCUCUCCAUCUGCUCCGGACGCCCAGCUGCUCUGUGGAUUUUUCCCUCUGGCCCCUCUCCUGCUCAGGACAAACCUGGGCAGGUCAGAAGAGAUGGUUUAGAGCAAUCCUUUCA